GAUAUGAAAUUAGUUUUAAUUCCUUCUUAUUUACUUACCUUCUAAUGAAGAUUCAAUAUUGAUUAUAUCAUACCCAUAUAGAAAUAUGGAUAGAUAUUAUAAUGAUAUUUAUGAUUCUGGACCACAUUUCAAAUGGAUUACUCGUAAUAAUGUUGAUAUGAAUGAAGAAAACAAUCGUCAUAUAAAUAAUGAUAAUAUAAAUUAUAAUCAAUUUAUGGAUUCAAUGCGUUUUACAAUUCAAGAUCUUGUUCAACAAGAAAGUUGUAUUGGUUCAUCAAAUUAUCCAGUUGAUAAACCAUCACGUCUUGUUCAAAUUGAAUGUCGUAAACCAGGAUGUCGUUGUGUGCUUAAAAAUGAACAUGCUCUAGCUAUGAAAAUUGUACCUGGUAUAACAUUAGUUCAAGCUGAAUGGUUAUUACCAAAUUCUGUUGUUUCAAAUAAUGAAAAAUCACGAUUGAAUCAUACUUCUCAACAUAUUGUAAAUAAUACAUCUAAUAAUAAGAAUGCUUAUAACCAGAGUUUACCAAACUUUAAUCAAAUUAAAUCAUCUUGUCCACAUUCUGUUGUUCUUACUUCCUGUUGUCCAUCUUGGUUCGAAUUAGUACGAAGAAAUGUUAUUGGACCAUCCGAUAAUGGGCCUCAAAUCUGUCCAGAAGUUCCUGUUUGGUCAAGUUGUAAAGCAGUUUGGCGAGCCAAACCAAAAUUUAUUCUAUUAAGAAAAGAUACUCAGUGUUUAUUUGCAACUAAUACUCAGUCACUUACCAUGAGUUCAACUGAACUACUUAAAAAGGAUGAUCGUUCCACUAUAACAUUAGAUGCAGAUAAUAUUGGUAUUCUUCGACCUGGAACUGUAUUACAACUAAUUGAUUGUCGACUGUGUCGUCUUGUACACAAAGAAGAUCAAAUUUCUUAUCGGCUUUCUGCGCGUCAUCGUUCAAAACCAGUUUCUAUGCUUCAAUGUGCAGUUGUUGGUGGUAAAGCAUUAGCUGCUUUAGCUUCAUCAAUUACAAAUUUAUCUUCCCAAGAUGCAUUGAAUUGGUUCAGUACUGGUCCUCGUUUAGUUUAUUUAUCUUUAGCUUCGAAAUCGAUAAUGUGCAGUCCCGUGAAAACAACAUCCACAGUUAGCGCAAAUAAUAAUUACGGUAAUCAUAAUAAGAAUUCUAGUCAAAUUAAAUUAUCAGGCAAUGAGACAGAUUACAGCAUUUUCGAUAAUGGAGUUCAUAGUAUCUUAUCGUUACUCAGCACUUAUCGACUCCCUUUAAUUACACGUCCUGUAGUUGGAUUACGUUCAAGUGAAUGGUUUUUCAUGGGAAAAUGUAGAAAUCACUCGUUAAUAUCAAAUCCAGACUCUGUCAAUAUGCAUUCAUUAUUACAGAUAUUCUCAUGUCAUCAUGGGGACCUCAUAUUUCUAGAACCUUUAUCCGAUUGCACUAAAUCUGUUUAUCAGAAUGAAUCAUCAAAUGAAGCAAUUAAAAGUCGAUUUUUUGUAGUUACCACUGAUAUGUUAUUACAUCAUAAUUUCUUAGUUGCAGACUCACAAACAUGUCAAGCAUAUCAACAACAACUUGAAAUACAUGCAUUUAGAGUGUCACACUUUCUAGCUGCAUGUCAUCCUGUUCAAGGUUUAACAUAUAUUUUAAAACAUUUAGAAGAUAUUACACAUUCAUCAAAUACUGGACCAUCAUAUAUUCCAUUGACUAGAACACUUGGACCAAUUACUAAUCGUUUCAAUACUAUUGCUAUUCAAUCGGCUAUCUCAAGUAUAGCUGCGAUUGCUUCUUUAACUAUGCAUGAAGAAUCUAAUGAUAUACCAAAUGAUCCGUAUCAGUUGAAUGAAAUCCAACCGAAAAUAUUAAAUUAUUUAACAUUACAUAAUAAUAAUAAUACUGUCUCUACUACCGCUACAACUACUACUAAUUAUCAUAAUAGUAGUAAUUAUAAUUCCAUGCAUACAUCAUCAAUCGAUAUUAAUGAUUCUUAUCAUUCCGCUAAUUGUUUAAUCAAUACUACUAAUUUACAUACUCAAUCUAGUUUAUCAUCAUCAUUAUUUGCUAGUGAAGUUGAUGAAAUGAAUGCAUUAUGCGAUGAAAUUGAAGAUAUUUAUUUUUAUGUACGUAAUGGACAUUUUCCAAUGCAAUCUCAUUCAUUAUCUUCUUUAGUACAUCAUAAUCAACCUCAUCAUUAUCAUCGUCAUCAUUAUGAAAAGAGAAAUACAUAUUUGAAUAAUAAUUCAUCAGCGCCAAUAUCUCCACGUUUAAAUAAAUUAAUGACUAAUACUAAUAUGACUAAUCAAUAUAUAUCGAAUAAAAUAAUCAAUAAUCAAUCAAUAAUCAAUGAACAUACCAUAGAAACUAAUAAUACAAUGGAAAAUAAUAAAAAAUAUUAUAAAAAUUUAGAGGAUAAUUAUUAUCAAUUAAGUAAUUUUCCAGUGAAAAUUACUAGUAAAGCACCAGUUUUAUUGAUUCGUCCUAAACCAUGUCAUGAUUAUCAUCAUCAUCGAAUAGAUGAGAAUGAAAGAAAGGGGAUUACUCAGUUAACUUAUACAACUAAUCAACAUAAUAAUUGUCAUACUACUACUACUACUAUUACUGAUACUACUAUCACUACUACUACUACUACUAUUACUACUACUAGCACUACUACUGAUAAUAAUAAUAAUAGUAAUAGUAAUAAUAAUAAUCAAAAGUCAAGUUAUUUCAAUGUAUAUGAUAUGAGUUAUGGUAAUUAUUCAUUUACUGAAACACCCAUUACAAUGAAAUCAUGUCAUCAAUCCAUUCAAUCAUUAUCAUCAACUAUAAAUGAUCAUAUAAUUAAACCUAGUCAAAUUGUAGAUAGUAAACCAUAUGUCUUGUCACAUACUUUUACCCCAAUUACUACUAUUAAUAAUAAUAAUAAUAAUAGUACUUGUCGAAAUGGUAGUUCAAUGGCAUUUACUCCUUUGUUAUAUUCUUCCACUUCUUGUAAUUAUCCUAAUAAUGAAAGUUUCCCUCAUUCUACAACAAUAUAUGAACGUGGACGUGUUAGUUUGACUGUACCAUCAUUGUUACAAGCGAAUACAACGAUAACAACUGGAUAUUAUUCCACUCAAAAUAUUACGAAAUUGAAUAAUAAUAAUAGUAAUAAUAAUAAUAAUGCCAUUUCAUGUACAUAUUUAGUUAGUCAAUCUGUUCAACAACCAUCAUAUUCUGGUAUGUUUUCAUCUUAUUGUUCAUAUCUACCUGGAUUAACAACAACAUCUUGUUCUAAUAUAAUGAAUCGUUCAUCGAAGCCAAUGUUUACGACAUCAGCAUUGAAUAUAUCAUCAUCUAAACAUAAUUGUAUAUAUGAUAGAAAUGAUAAUAACAUAGAAGAAUGUAUUUAUGAUGAACCAAAGGAAGAAUAUUAUUCAAUAUCAACACCAUUGAAACAACAACAACAACAAUACAAGACUACUUGUAGUAAUAAUAAUAAUAAUAUGAAUACAGGUGUAUUAAAUAAUUCAACAUAUGAUUAUGGAUAUAAUUUGUCUUCAUCGAAUCAUCAUAGUAAACGUCAUCUUAGUUUAUCCUCAUCUCACAUUCAUCCAUCUAUCAAUCGUUCAAUGCAUGAAAGUAAUAACUCUUUGGGAAAUGUUUGGACUUCCUCGUUUUCUGUCAAUAAUAAUAAUAAUAAAACCAGUGUUUCCACUACUACGAAUAUCAGUAAAAGUAGUACUACCUUCCAGUCGAUUAGUAAUAUGUUCAACGACAAAAUGACUACUGCAGUCAAUUGUAUACAAAUUAUUCCAUCAAUGAGUAUUCCAUCAAAUGUUAUUCCUCAUUCAACGAUCACUAGUGCUACUACUACAACUACUAUUAGUAAAAAUAAUAACAAUGUAGGUUAUUAUUUCACAUCACAAGAUCAACCUUCUUCUAUGACAGCAAGUUUUCGUCAUCAAUCUGCACAGAAUUCCUCCUCAUCAAUACAACCACCACCACCUAUGCCACUGUUAUACCCGUCACCAGUAACAACGAGUCACACAUCUCGACUGUAUCAAUCCACUAUAAUAUCUCCAUCUAUUGACAGGAAACAAAUCACUGCACGACCAUCGUAUAAACAUGUGACUUCAACUACAAAUUUAGAUUUCGGUAUGCAUCAUAAUCAUUCAACAAUUCCUUCACCAUUAUCCACUAUGUUGUUAUUACAGUCGCCUAAACUUAAACGUACUGAAUUAACUAAUUCAUCACCAGACACAGGGAUCGGUAUAGAAAGUACAUAUGAUCAGCAAACUACUCCUUGUACAGGUGGAUCUUUUAUGCCUUUAAAUGCAUAUCAUCAUUCAUUAUCUUCAUCAAAUAUGGCUGUUUGGUUACCAUCUGAACAACAUUGUCAACAGUGUAAUCGAGAAGAUUCUAUUACUAAACCUUCUACAAUUAAUAAUCGCAAUAUCAGUUAUCAUAGUAGUCCACAUAAACAUUUCACUUCAUGCAAAUUAACAACUUUUCCUGUACAAAACAAUCAUUUGAUGAAUUCCACUAUGAAUAUUAUCAAUACUACUAGUAAUCAUAAUAGUAAUAGAAAUCAACAAUAUGCUUAUCAAUUUUAA